AUGGACCAACAUUGGACCAACAUUCUAGCCCUUUUGAAACAAAACAGAUAUGAAGUUGCUGUUCAUAAUAAACUGUCAAGGCUUAAAAUGGACAGCUACAUAUUGGUAGUGCUGAAUUGUUUACUUGGUAGUGCUGAAUGGUUUACAUGGCCUGGUGGAUCACAGGCUGCUCCAGUUGACAAGAAAGGGCCAUUCACAUGUCCAGUUUGUCUUCGAAUUUACCGUCGCUCACGUUCUCUAUGGCGCCAUCAACGUUAUGAGUGUAGUACUGAAUGGCGUUCUUGGCCUGGGGCAUCACUGUCUUCAGAACUUGAUAAGGAUGGACCAUUCCCAUGCCCAGCAUGCCAAAGAAUUUACCGCCGACGGAGGUCACUGUGGCGUCAUCAACGUUAUGAGUGUAACAAGCCAGCCCAGUUUCAUUGCCCUUUCUGUUCUUAUAGUGCUAAACAGAAAUGUAGUGUAAAACUUCAUGUUAGUAAGAAGCACAGCGUACCUGAUGAAAAUGCUUUCCGUAUAAAUUACAUACAAGACUCUUUGGAUGAUAUGUAAUAUUAUAAAAUAAUUCUAUUUUGUAACUUAAAAAUCAAAUCUUUAGAAUAUUCUAUCACAUAAUUGUAAAAAUGCUACUAACUAUGAAUUUGUGUAAGAAAAUUUG